AUGGUGGAGAUUGAGGCAGAAGUGCAGAGAAGAAAACAGUUAAUUCAUCAGUCUGUGGAACGCAAAGCCAUCAUCUCAAAGUGCUACAAACGAAAACACCCAGAAGUGUACAUUCUGCAGGAUUCAUUCCUGGCCCCAGAUUUUCUGGAAAUUGUGAGAUACUGCACAUCACCAGAUGCUCAUCUCCAUGGCCUCCUGCGCUACAUCAAGUCCUUCUCAGAUAAGAGGAUCUAUCGACUCCCAGUGUUCACAGAGGAGUUCUGCCAAGCCUUUGUUGAUGAGCUGGAGAACUUUGAGCAGUCGGACAUGCCUAAAGGCAGGCCCAACACUAUGAAUAAUUAUGGGGUUUUGCUAAAUGAGCUUGGGAUGGAUGAAACAUUCAUCACAACCCUGCGUGAAAAAUACCUGCAGCCCAUAACGGCACUGCUUUAUCCCGACUUGGGGGGUGCUUGUCUGGACAGCCAUAAAGCAUUUGUUGUCAAGUACUCGCUACGUGAAGAUCUGGAUUUGAGCUCUCACUAUGACAAUGCCGAAGUCACCCUAAAUGUUUCGCUGGGAAAAGACUUCACAGAAGGCAACCUGUACUUCGGGGAUUUCAACCAGGAUCCUACCCCUGUGCCAAAGUACAUAGAGGUUGAACACGUAGGAGCCCAGGGGCUGUUACACCGAGGCGGGCAGAUCCACGGGGCACUUCCCAUUGCCUCCGGGGAGCGCUGGAACCUCAUUAUUUGGAUGCGAUCAUCUGCCAUCCGCAACCAGCUCUGCCCCAUGUGCAACAAGAAACCCGAGCUGGUGGAAGCAGAGGGCUUUGGAGAUGGCUUCACAGAAACCCUUGAAGAUGAUGCGCCUGAGACUGUGAAUCUCUGUUCCUUGUGGUAG